AUGCAAGCGUACAUGCUCGACACUGCCAGCGCCGCCGUCGCCACGUCCCUCGCAGCCGUCGCUCUCGGUACUGCGGCCUACCUCUCGUCGCGGAAGCGCAAGCACGACGACGUUGUCGAGCGCGGGCUUCCUGCCAUGCCAGCCGCCGCCGCCAGCGACGCACCAGCGCCCAAGGCCAAGCGUGCGCGCACAACCAAGACGCACGAAGGCCUCGCGGUCGAGGCGUCGAUCGUCGACCUGCUCAAGCGUCGGGCGACAGAGACGCCGGAUAAAGUCGUGUACGUCUUCCUCGACGACGCCGGCAAGGAGAGCGUUGUCAUGACCUUUGCCGACGUCGACCGCGCCGCUCGCCGCGUGGCCGCCACCUUGCAGCAAGACGCUUCGCUUAAGAAGGGCGACCGCGUCAUGCUCUGCUACCCGCCAGGCCUCGACUUUGCCAUGGGCUUCUGGGGCUGCCUCUACGCCGGUGCGAUCGGCAUCCCUGUCUACCCGCCGUACCCGGGCACGCUCGCCAAGGACCUUCCCAAGUUUAACCGCAUGGUCGACGACUCGGGCGCCAAGGUCAUUCUGACCAAUCGCGCCUACUACAUGGCAACGCAGCUCGCAACCGCCAAGAGCUACUUCUCUGGCUCGAUCACGUGGCCCAAGGACAUUCAGUGGUUCUCGACAGACGCGAUCUCGGCGGCCAUGGCCGACCGCUACGAGCCGGUCGAGUGCACGUUUGAUGACAUUGCGUUCUUCCAGUACUCAUCCGGUUCGACGUCCGAGCCCAAGGCCGUCAUGAUCUCGCACGGCAACAUCCACGCGCAGCUCAAGACGUGGGCGUCGAUCCGCGAAGACGAUACGAUGGUGUCGUGGCUGCCGUCGUACCACGACAUGGGUCUCGUCGGCUUCAUCCUCGUGCCGUGCUCGACGGGCGCUCGGUGUAUCUCGAUGUCGCCGCUGGCGUUCAUCAAGGACCCUGCACUCUGGAUGCGUACAGUCUCCAAGUACAAGGGCACGCAUGUGUGCGCACCGAACUUUGGCUAUGCGCUCGCGGCCCGCAAGACGUCCAAGACGCAAGUCGCCAAGCUGGACCUGCGCUCUCUCAAGCAGUGCAUUUGUGCGGCCGAGCCCAUCCGCAUCGAGUCGCUGGAAGCGUUUACCGACAAGUUCCUCCCCGCGGGCUUUAACCCCAAGACGUUCAACUGCGGCUACGGCCUCGCCGAGGUGACGCUCGUAGUGACGGGCCAAGACCCGUACAAGCUCCAGGACCCGACCGUCCUCGUUCUCAAGAAGAGCGCGCUCGAGCAGAAGAAGACGGCGGUCGUCGCGCCCAAGGGCCACAACGCUGUCGAUACGUGCACGCUUGUCGGCUGCGGUAUUCCGAUGCCGACGUUCCGCGUCAUUGUCGUCGACCCCGAGACGCACGUGCAGCUCAAGGACAACGCGGUGGGCGAGAUCUGGAUCCAAGGCCCGAGCGUCGCCAAGGGCUACUGGCACCGCGACGAGUACACGAAGGAGCAGUUCCAGGCGACGCUCAAGGACCCAAAGCGCAAGCGCGAGUCGGUGGGCAGCUCGGACAAGAGCCACUUCCUCCGUUCUGGUGACGUGACGAUCCUCGACAAGUCGCACUGGUUGCGCUCGGGCGACAUGGGCUUCCUCCGCAAUGGCCAGACGUUCGUCACCGGCCGUCUCAAGGAUCUCAUUAUCGUCCGCGGCCGCAACGUCUGCCCCCAAGAUGUCGAACACACCGCCGAGCUGGCCCACGACGAAGUUCGUCCUGGCUGCGUCGCGGCCUUCUCGAUCGAGACGUCCAACCAAGAAGAGGCCCUUGUUGUCGUCGCCGAGAUGCGCUCGGACCUCAAGAAGGACCAAGACAAGCUCCGCGCCAUCGCCAACGCGAUCGCAACGUCGGUGUUGUCGGAACACCAGCUCCGUUGCGCCUCGAUCGUUCUCUUGCGGCCUCGCAGCAUCCCCAAGACGACGAGCGGCAAGAUCCAGCGCCGUGGCACCAAGGCCAAGUUUGAAGACAACACGCUCGCCGCCCAGUACACCCACACAGGCAUCAUCGAGAGCCGUCCCAAGCACGUUGCCGAACCUGAGGUCGCUUCGGCCGAGAAUGCAACUGAAGCUUCUUCGACGCCAGCAGUGAUCAAGACACCGGACGAGAUUGUCGCGUGGCUCCUCGAGCGCCUCGCCCAAGAAAACAACGAAGGUGGAACGUCGAGCGAAGAUGCCGAGAGCCAAGCCUCGCCGGCGCCUGCAGCUUCCAACAUUGACGCCGACACGCCGUGGGCCUGCGUCGGCAUGGACUCGGUGGCCAUUGUCGGUCUCAGUGCCGAGCUCGGCGAGUUCCUCGGCUGCGUCGUGCCGCCGUCGGCGUUCUUCCAGUUUGACACGCCGGCCAAGCUCGCCAACGCCCCGGGUCUUGCCACCGGUGAGCUCGAGACGCAAGAGUCGACGCUCCCCGAAGGCUCGUACGUCGAUGAGAACGGCGAGAUCAAGGCCGAGUGCUACGACUUUGAGUGCUUCCCCGAGGUCCAGCACCUCCGUGGUCAGCUAACCGAGCUCACGGACGCCGGUCUCGUGCUGCCGUACUUGGAUGUGUUGACGGCCGAGAAGAAGCAGCAGCUCAACUUCAACACGUACAACUACCUCGGGUACGCGUCGCACCCCGCGACGGCGCAGGCCUCCAAGGACGCCAUCGACAACUACGGCACGGGCAUGAGCUCGUCGCCGAUCGUUGGCCAAAACAUCAUCAACACGCAGCUCGAGGCUGCCUUGUGCAAGCACUUUGACGCCGAGGCGUCCGUGCUCUUUGUGGGCGGCUGGGUCACCAACGUGACGACGAUCGCGGCGCUCGUCGGCAAGGGCGACCUCAUUCUCGCGUUCUUUUACGACGCGUGCGUGGCGGCCAAGCUCGACGUGGGCACCAACGUCCGUGGCGCGUGCGUGGUCGUCGUGUACAUUGGCGGGACGGUCGAAACCGUGCGUCUCUCGAUGCGGCUGAGCGACGAAGAGAAGAUCAACGUCAAGCCGAUCGUGCACCCGGCCGUCGAGGAGGGCAAGUGCCGGCUGCGCUUCUUCAUCUCGUACUUGCACACGGAAGCCGACCUCAGUCGCACGGUCGAAUCGCUUGUCCGCAUCAUGGGCAGUUUGCGCAGCCCGGAUGCGAUCGUCGAGGCGACCACCAAGGUGCCUACGCCUGAUGUCGAGGCUGUUGUGCCCGUGGUCGAGGCUGCUGUGCCCGUGGUCGAGGCUGUUGUGCCCGUGGUCGAACCUGUCGUCGACAACCAGACAGACGCAAACGCUCCGGUGGAAGAACCGCAGCAUGAAGACUCUACGGCCUCGAUCGAAAAGGUGGCCGAAGUCACGGUGGCUGUCGUCGAGGCAGCGCCCGUGGAGCUCGAGGUACAAACCAAGACGGAGGUGCCGGCCCCUGCUGAUGCCGUCUCAUCCGCACCUUUGCUCGUCGAUGAAGCUCCCAAGACUUUCGCCGCCGAAGUGCCCGAGACCGUUGGAACCGAAGCGCCCACGACCGUAGUCGAAGUGGAAGCGGCAUCAGACGCAGAGCCCAAGCCCAAGGCCAAGAAGGCAACGAAAAAGAAGACGGCCAAGAAGACGAACGCAAAUUGA